CCUCGAAGACGUCAAAACAGGAGGGACAAAAAAACAAGAUGGCGUUUGAUGGAGAAGACGUUAUUGUGGUUAUUAAUGUUACUUGAUCUUAAUCUGUAUGUACAUGUACACAUAUAUGUCGUUUAAUAGAGUACACGUCGUUAAUAAUUGUUUAUAUUCGGAUACAUUAGUCUAAGGGCACUUUGAAGCUCCUCGUGCUAGCUUAGGUUGCUAGUUAGCUUAGCUUGUUAGCUUCUAACAAAGAGACGCGGAAGUUAUCAACACAUCGCUAAGCAGAGAUCAAGUGUGUGUGGAUUGUGUGAAAAUGUGCGAAAGAACGAUCGCAGAGUACGAGGAGGAACUUUGUCCCACAAAAGAGGAGAAGGAGCGACAACAUCAACUACUGGACGCUGUUUUCAAGAAACAUCAAGUUGUGUUACACAGAAGAGACGUCUGUGAAGAACAUCUUCUCCCUGAACAGCAGGAGUGGGCCGCCGGGAUGGAGCAGGAGGAACCACAUUCCCUUCAUGUUGAAGAGGAAAAGGGGGAGUCAUAUUCCCCUCACAUUAAAGAGGAAGAGGAGGAACACAGCAUCAGUCAGGAGGGAGAGCAUCUUGAAUGGUUGGAGAACUUCCCAGUGAUUGUGAAGAGUGAGGAUGAUAAGCUCAAAGGUGAAAGCAGCAGUUUAAUCCGACACAUGGCAACAGAAGCUGAUGGAGACCACUGUGGAGGAUCACAAGCAGACGAGAUCUUUGCUCCACUAUUAACGUCACACUCUCCUGACACUGAUGAUGAAGACUCUAAAGCUGAUAAGACAUGUCACACUGACAACACACGCUGGACUUGUCCUCACUGUGACAAAACUUUUAAUCACCGUAGUAGUUUGGAAAUACACAUGAGAACGCACACUGGAGAAAAACCUUUUUCCUGUUCAAUCUGCGGGGUAUGUUUUACACAGAAUGGACGUUUGAAAGUGCACAUGAGAAUACACACUGGAGAUAAACCUUUUUCAUGUUCAAGCUGUGGCAAAGGUUUUAUACAAAAUACCGAUUUGGAAGUACACAUGAGAAUACACACCGGAGACAAACCAUUCAUGUGCUUAUUUUGUUGUAAGGAAUUUUCUCAGAAGGCAAAUUUGAUAAUGCACACAAGAAUACACACCGGUGAAAAACCCUAUAUCUGUUCAAUAUGCUUUAAAGGUUUUACACAAAGUCAACACUUGAAACGACACACAAAGACACACAAGUGAGAAACUAUAGAGUUGCAGUGUGUGUGGUGAAAAAGGUUGGGAAUCGAUAAGAUUUUUCCGAUUCCACUUUCGAUUCUGCUUAACGAUUCGGUUCUCUUAUCUAUUAUUUUCUAGAAAAAGGAUAACAAAUGGAUGGAUUAGCAUCAAAUGUGUUUAGUUUAGAGCUAACAUCACCUUAGAAAGCCAACAGUGAGGUCUGAGUAGGUAUGUAGCAUAGAAAAACUAAUCUUUUAAAAAUAAAAUUUUAAAAAUAUGUGGAAAUACACAAGAAUGUAACAUGUUAUAAAAAAAAUGUUUAACUUUCAAGAAUCUUCUGUAAUCUACCUAGAAAAUAUACAGUGCAAAGGUUUGUUUAGACUUACAAGGCGGAACUAAUAUGAGACAUAACAUGCAACAUGAGGUAUUUCAAACCUUUUGAUAUGUUGUUUAUUGCUCAGAGCUUAUGAAAACCUUGAAUUUAAAAAUCUCAGAAAAUGUGGUGGGUUUUUUAAAACUUUAAGCCAAGAUUGUCAAAGUUAUAUUGAACAAACACUUGCAUGUAAUGAGUUAAUAUCACAUAUUAGUUUCACAUUUGAAGUUAAUUUCUGACAUAAAUGGACUUAUACACCAUAUUCUUAUUUCACAAGUUCCCCCUCUAUGAUGAAAAUGUGGUGGGAGGAAAACAGGCAACUUUUCUUCGACUACAAUUGAACAUUCACCUACCAAAGGAGCAGCAUCUAUGUGGAAAAUUUCUGCAAGCUUUUGACCACAAACUUAGUCACUUCUCUGUGACAUUGGUCGUUCCUAGCCGAGUGGUACUCUUCCCUGCCGCGGUGAAAGCUAGCGGCAGACGUGAACCCGAGCCAUUGCUGCCCGCCUCCAAACCAGUUGGAAUAUGUUUCAAUUAUGAAUAAGGCAUUCAUUUCAAUUUAACAGGUUAUAGCGCUAACAUUAUCGGCGGUAUUAGUACCUGUUGUAUUUACGUCAGAAACGCGACAUUCAUUGCAUGCUGUGUGUUCAAAUGUUUCAGCAUAUUGCUCGUAUGUUCUCCUCCUGAUUAACUAGCAGCCUUAUAAUUAUUACAAGUCGCGCUGUUGCUGUCUUUUUUAGUAAAAUAUCGGCAAAACUUUUUCCGCCCGGGCACAGCCAUGUUGUUGAUGUCACUACGCACGUUGCGUAAUGACAUCCCCACCCAGAUGAACCGUUAAGAGAAUCACUCGACAAACUGGCAAGCGAUUCCAUGGAAUUGAUACACCGGGAAUCGGUUCUGAACAAGAACACGUUUUUCGAUUCCCAUCCCUAGUGGUGAAAGAUCCUCUUAUAAGUACCAGUGUAAGAAACACAAUUGUGCUGGUGAGAACAGAAGCAGCAAAUGAAGCUGCAGGAUUUGAAAUCAACUGUCAAAACUUUGAUCACUUUGGACUCUCUAACAACAUCAGUACAUAUAACAUGUGUGACAUCAUUGUUGUGUGUGUGUAACGCAUACUUGUUAAUAUGCUUCUACCUUUUAUAGAUUAGUUUUUUUCAAUUAGUAGGGUUAUUUUAGUCAAGUAUGUGUAUUAAUAUACAACAUUGUGUACAUAUAUUUAAAACCAUUUCCUGUAAAAGGUGUUAGCUGAAGCUUCAGUCUCUUUAGCCUACAUUUUUUUAUUCAUUUACAAAAUAAAAACA